ACCAUCUCCUUUCUCACAACCCAGGGGAAUGACGAUGACCAACCUCCCGCCUUCCUCAGGAGAUGGCAACUGCUAUUACAUCCUGACAGAAGACUGUUCCUAUGGCAGCAAGUUAUUCCAAGCUGGAAACUUGUGUUUCUGCAGCGAGAGGAGUUACUUGCGCAACUUCUCCGACGACAGACGUCCCAUUUGCUUCUUGAGGGUCAUCAUGUUGGAUGACAGCUCCACCGUCACCAUCAACAUGGAGAUCCUUCAACCUGUGUCUGAGAAGGUGGCCUCCUUCCUCCUGGCCAUCAGCAGCCACUGUGAAAGGUUGAACUGCUUCUUGGACGGGGUGAACCUCGAGGCAGCUCUGAGGGCUCUGCCUGGCCACAGGGUGAUGGCUAAGGUUGAGCACCAGUAUUUCCCUGGAAUCAUCCGUUACAUUGGGAGCAUUUAUAGAAGCAGUGCUGUGUUGUCUCCCUUCUUCUUUGGGGUGGAGUUACAGGGUGAAGGAGAAAACAGAGGGCGCAGCGAUGGGUCCUGCCGUGGCACUGAGUAUUUCAAGUGUAAGAAGAACUGUGGGAUCUUCCUGCCAUUUACCAAAGUCCAGUUUGUUCCAGAUGACAACUAUGGGAAGCAGAAGCCAAAAGCAGACACGGAGGAGGUAGUCCCUGUGAAAGUGGGAGAUGCAGUUAGCUUCUAUGUGGACGAGGUCCUCACCAGAGGAAUAGCCAUGGCAGUUUAUAGGAAGGGAACCCAGUGGCUUGUUAAAAUCUGUCCGGAAGAAGAAGGAACAACUGACAUUUUCAGAGAAAUCCCUCUGGAUUCUGUUGUGAAGGAAAACUUGCAAAGUUUAUUUAUGGGCUUGGAACCCCCAAACCAGAUGAAACAAGAGGUCAGUGAGAGCAGUGAGGAGUGUGACGGGGGGAAUUCAGCCCUGGAAGUGAACUCCAUGGUCCAGAUCACCUUGGACAAAGGAACUCGGGUUUCGGGAAUCAUCCGCUGGUUGGGCUACCUGCCCCAAAUUGAGCACAAGAUGGCAGGAGUUGAACUGGAUGAAGAUAAGGGGGUCAGUGAUGGUGAAUGGUUGGGCAAAUACUACUUCCACUGUGCUCCGAAGCGUGGCCUCUUCGUGAAGCUGCAGUGCUGCCAACCUGAUGUUCGCUUCCAGAGUUCACACAGCAGUUAUUUGAGCCUCAUAGAUUAUGGAGGACAAGAAGUUCUUCCCCAGGCUCCAGACAGUUUUCCUCCCCUCAGGAAUGAGGCAGCAGUGCGUGUCCUGCGAGGGCGGAUGAAGGGGAUCCAAGGCCAUUGUAAUUCCUGCUAUAUGGAUGCAGCUCUCUUCAGCCUCUUCUCCUGUACAUCUGUGGUGGACUCCAUGCUCUUCAAGCCCUUCCUGCUGUGUGAUAGGAACGUCCAGAGCAUUCUGAGGGAUGAGAUUGUUAAUCCCCUCCGAAGGACUGGCUUUGUCAAUGCCAAGAGUGUGAUGCACCUCAGGGAGCAGUUGACUGACAAGGGCCAGUGUUCAAGCUUUACCAAUGCUGAGAAAGAUCCUGAGGAAUUCCUCAAUCUCAUCAUGCAUCAGGUUCUGGGGAUAGACCCACUCUUGAAACUGCAGUCAGGAGGCCAGAAGGAGCAGGACUGUUACUGUUACCAGAUAUUUAUGGACAAACAGGAGGAUCUGGUGGUUCCUGACGUGCAGCAGUUAGUGGAACGCUCCUUCCUGUCCUCUGAUCUGAAGCUAGUGGAGAUCCCGUCAUGCUUCAUAAUCCAAAUGCCACGUUUUGGGAAGGAAUACAAAAUGUUCAGCAAAAUCAUUCCUUCCUUAGAGCUGGAUAUAACAGAUCUGCUGCUUGACAGUCCCAGGGAAUGCUGCUUGUGUGGAGAUGUUGCCACCCUGGAGUGUUCAGAGUGUUUCAGAGACAAGGUGUUUGCAGCUACAGGCCUGAAGCAGUUCUGCAGCUCCUGCUCCAGACAGGUUCACUCCCACUACCACCGCAAAACGCACAAGCCAAGAGAGCUUCACAUCCCAGAGGAAUUCCACACCCGGAGCACCCGGGGCUGCCAGCAGGUCCCUCAUGAGAAGAUGGAGCUCUUUGCAGUGCUCUGCAUCGAGACCAGUCACUAUGUCUCCUUUGUGAAGUAUGGCCCUGAGAAUGACCACUGGAUGUUCUUCGACAGCAUGGCUGACAGGCACGGUGGUGAAAAUGGCUUCAACAUUCCCACAGUAACACUGUGCCCUGAAGUUGCCAAAUACUUGGACUUGCCACUGGCUGUGCUGGCCCUGAAGCAGCCUCGGGACAUGGAUGGAGUGGCCAAGCGCCUCUUCUGUGAUGCCUACAUGUACAUGUACCAGAGCAAGAAGAUGGCACUUUACAAGUGACCCUGGUGCUGCAGAGCACUGAGGUGUUGGAAACAUGAACAUGGAUCAGCCCUGGAGCCUGGCACCAGGGAGAGCAGCCAAGUCUGGGUACACCAAACGUGCACUUGAGCCUCUUCUUGCCUCUGCCGGUGUCUGGUAUGAAGGUGCCCACAGCAGCCUGGGUUAGUUAAAUCCUGUCAUGUGAGAGUUUGUACUUCCAGCAGACCUGGAUUCUGGAUUCUUUACACUCAAAUUCAUUCUUCUUUCUUCCCUUCCCUUUCCUCCCCACUCUGUAGCUCUGCCCUACCUCAGAGUCUUCCCCAACGUCCUUUUCUCCCUUCCAGUGAUAAGGACCAGCAUUUAAGGAAAACAUGGAAAGUUACCAAGCUGAGGACCAGUAUUUAAUCAAGACAUGAAUGGUUCUCCUCAGGUUUGCAAGGAGCACAAAACCCCACAGCAUUAUCUUGCAUAACCCAUCUUCACAUGGACUUGUGCAGUGAGAAACCCAGGAGCUGUGAACUGCACCACGUUGUGAAGAGAUGGGUCAGGAUGAGGGUUUCUUGAGGUCUGGGAUGUGCCCCACACCUAAAAGUGGGUCCCUGACGUGGUUGCACUUCCCUUAUCCAGCACUAAACUCUGGUACUUGUACCCACCAUCCCUGUUUUCAAGCAUGAGGUCACUGGAUGUCUUGAGCUGCAAAUAGGCUUUUAAAUCCAUGUUUCUCUCCAGAACAAAACUGGAAGAAAGAUAGAACAGAGGAACAAUGUGUUUUACCUCCUCUUUCUUGCAAAGGCUGCACUACUGCUGCCUGAUGGGGUGUUUUAACCUCACUUUUAGCACUUUCUGUCUCAUCUCUGCACCCACUCCUGAGAUCCAAAGACCAAUAACAGAACUCCAAGGGCAGAAAGGAGCAUUCUUGGCUUUGCUGUGACUGGAGAAAGGUCUCAGGCUGGGAACUGUUACUCCUUCAACUCAAUAAAUGUGCACACUGGAGCUUCUCUGCCAUUAAGCUCAUGCUGUCACAACAGGAGGAAGCUGUUAGAGGAGUCAGUGAUGAUCCCAGAUCCUCAAUGGAUGCAUCCAGGAGCCCCAGAUGUGCAGCUGGAAUCCCCCUCCUCUUCUUUUUCUUCCCUCUUUAAUGCAGGGUGCAGCUUUAACUUCUCUUUUGGUUGACAGCAGAGGUUGUGAUGCUAAAGGGGACCUCAACAGCCCGACGGUUGCAGCUGCUUCCUGGGGUGUCUCGUGUCUGUAUGUGAUGGCCCCAGGUUGUUACCACGCAUUAAAUGUCAAUUCAGCUUCUAACUGUCUCUGUUGAGCAUUUGAGCCUCAACCCUAAGUUGACCAUGAGGACAGAGAAGGUGGACAAUGUCCUGAGCUGCAAUAGUGGUGCCAGGAGGUGAGGGAGAUGAUCCUUCCCCUCUGCUCAGCAUGGAUAAGGCCACAACUGGAGUAUUGGAUCCCAUUUGGAGCUCCCCAGUACAAGGGAUGAAGAGAGUCCAAUGAAGGGCCGUGAAGAUGGACUGGAGCAUUUCUCCCAUGAGGAAACACUCAGAGAGUUGUCACUGUUGAGCCUGGAGAGGAGAAGGCUCCAGGGAAACUCAUCAGUGUCUGAAGAGAGGGUGCAAAGAAAACAGCAUCUUCUCCAUAGUGCCCAGUGAUGGAACCAGAGCCCCAGGGCGCAAGAAGAAACCCAGGAGGUUCCCUCAACAUCAUGGAAGGCUUUUCACCAUCAGGAUGACAGACUCUGGUCCAGGUUUCCAAAGAAGUCAUGGAUUCUCCAUCCUUGGAACUACCCAGAAUGGGUCUGGACAAAGCCAAAGCACCAGUGGUGGAGCCUGACAAGGGUUAGGGGAGAGCAGAUCAUCAAGGAUGGGUUUACCCUUCUCCUGCACUGAUGAGCUGCUCCUCUGUGGCCACGCAGAGGGCUGAGGGUGCUGAAGCUCACUGCCUUCACCUACCUCAGGCUGCUCUUCAGUCAUCUCCUUAGACCUCAGGCCCAUCUCAACUCAGGUACGCUGGGCUUGGACUUUUCAAUCUCUGGGGAUUCUGCUUUGAAAAUGUAACUUUUAAUAGCAAACUAUUCCUGGUUUUCCUGG